AUCGUGUACGUGUGUGUGUGUGUGUAAUAGCGGCUUUUUUCUUUACGUGAAUUUUCGCAAAAAUUUGGCUCAACUUUUCAUUUUGGAAAAGAUAAAAUUGUGCUUUUCCCUGUUUAUUAUACCAAAUCGUAAUAAUUCAAUGCAGGAAGAAUAGAUAGACCUCCAUUUGUUGGAAAAUUUAUCGAGCAAAGCACACAAGUGCCAACAACGAAGAAUCGCAGACGCUCCUUGUGCCAGCAAGCGGCCAUAGUGAAUUGUAAAUUGUGUGUAGUGAGUUCAAACGACGCAGAGCUGACUAGGGGCGCUCAAAUUUAAGGUGAAAAAUAAAAUUUGAACGAUCGUGGUAGAGCCGAAAGGAACACACAGCACUAUUCUGGGCUUUGAAUUGUCGAUGGGUAAAAAGGCUUUUAAAGCCGUUCCGAGAAAUUUGCAUUGAUGAUGUACAUUGAACAUACUGGCCUGGAAGAUAAUCUACAUCACAUACUUACUAAUCGGGUACCGACAUCGAGCAGCCCAAGCGCCGCUGCAGCAUCUGCGCUAUUGCUGGCGCGAGUGAGGGAGGCGGCGCAUAGCGCAACGUCGCAAGAGGCGAGGGAGGCAGAGAAUCAGAAGUGCAAUAAGGAGUGGGUACGACGUCCCGAACCCAAACUAGUGCCGGUUGAAAGUCUGAAUACAUUGGAUGUGGUAAAGCAAUUGGCAUCCAGGCCGAAAGAAACAAACGGCACCAUAGAUCAAUUGGCAAAGAGCGAGGCACAGGACGAAAAAGAAGAGGAGCAGUACGAAAUAUUGCAUAUUGAAGAUAUCGAUCAAGUAGAGCCACCAGUUAAGCCAACAGCGGGAGAAAGGCCAAUAGACUCUGCUGAAAGAAAGCCUGUUGCAGAUACUACACAUUUUGUUAUUGAUAUCCAGAGGAACGAAAUACAGGAAAACCUCGAGGAAAGAGCGAUUCUGGACGAAGACGAAGAAUACGAGUACAUAGUGACACGUGUGCCCAAGAGGAAAGUUCCAUCACAAUUCCUUCAACACAAAGAGGUCAAUCAGAGUAUACCCGUACAGACCCAUUUUAAUCGAGAAUCCAAGAGGAAGAUUAGACCAGUUCCAGAAGCAAUUCCGAUUGAUAUACAUCAACGUAAAAUAUUGAACGGUAGUUUACCACUUCCUGAAAUAAAACCUCUUAGCCCAAAACGGGGUAAUAUAACAAGUGAGCCCAGUUUUGUCGACAAUUUUGAUUACAAUUCGUAUCAGGAUACUGCCACAGCUGCGUUAUCACAGGGCUACUGUCAAGCUUCGCACAAUAAAGACGUCCAAAUGGGCAUCGAUAUACUGAGCAAAAUAAGACAAUUUUUCAAUUGGUUACCAACGAAUCAAUACGAUACUACCAGUCCGGAUCAUCAAGAAGGCAAAAGGAAAAGGAGAUCGGAAGACUAUUCGGAAUCGGCGAGUGAACGUUUGAUCAAGUACCGCAAGGUGGAGAAUCACUUUCCUAAAUACGUCACCCAAACGAAGGAUGACGACAUAAUUGAAUUCUUACCACCUGCACCACCACAACAAUCGAGAAAACCAUUCUACUCAACUAAUAUGUCAACAGGUCGUCGUUCGCUUUUAGGUACGACGGCCAUCAAUUCAUCCUUAUUUAGUACUCCAGUUAUACGAGAUUAUCGAUUAUUUACAGAUAAGCCACCCUUGCGGAAGUCAAUGUUUUCAGUCCCACAAAUAACUACACGCUUAAUCAAGAAUACCUCUUAUGCUGAUAUUGAAUUUUCGGAUGACGAUGAACCACAAUUGGUUUUGCCAUCCACGUCAAGUGAUGUCAGACGCGUGCCCCAAAUCCGCAACAUUCCCAUAAUUCAAACAGAUGAACGCUGUAACUCUGUCAGUCAAAAACCUCCUCCACCUCUGCUAGAACCCCGUACUGGGGCUAUUUUGUCUUCUGGAGAUGAUUUAUUGCGUCGACCAUCCUAUGCUGACGCCCUACGUCAAAGCAAUCCACGCGUUUCCUCUGUCCGAGUUGGAAAUGUUUUGGGCACACGGAACAACAGCCUUUCCUCUUCGGGAGGUGCAACUCCAUCCGAGUCCUCGCGGUUUCUCAAUGGAUUUAGCAGUUUACGCACAAAUGCUUCGUCAAAUAUGGCACGUCCUUCAAUAUUAGCACAAGAAAAGGAAAGCGAUGAGCGCGAGAAGUACCAACAACUUUUGAAACAGGUGGCGCCUGGCGUAUAUGGUUUCUCCUGUGAAAAUAAAAUACCCACACCGUCUCAGCGCAGACGAUCAGGUUUUAUGUCGGCAGCAGCAGCAACAUCCUCAGCUAGAAGUUCUCCUGCGAAUGCUAGAAGGUCAGUGGGCUUGGGCCAGUCAGUUUUGAAGCGUCCUCCUUUAUCUUCUACCAUCAAUUUGGAUGACGAAGAAGACGAUGAAGUCAUUUUUUUGAACAACACAUCGAAAGCUUCCAAGAUAAAAGGCGCUGUUGUUAUCGAUGAUGAUGGAGAUAAUGAUAUAUCUGAAAUAAUUGAUUUAGAGAGUGCUGCCGAUCGGCAUGUUUUGUCACAAUGUGCUAAAAUCAAACAGGAAGAAAAUUCUCUUAGUAAAUCCGGAGCAGAGAAUGCGAACGUUCGCAAGAAAAUGUCAUUACCUUUCGUAGAACCAGUCAACACAUUUAAAGAGAGGAUAAGUUCCUGCCCACACAUCAAGGAUAAUUGGUUGGAGAAUUUGCAGUCAAAAUGGUCCAUUCGUAAGAAGAACCGACUUGAUGAAGUCCAAGAGACGGCCAAAGUAGUUGAAAAACUUGCCUUAGAACGCAAAGCAGCUGAGGCUGAUAUCCAAGAACGUUUGCGAAACUUCCAAAUAGUCGAUCCUGGACUAUUUGUGGUAGACGACUUUGAAGAUGUCGAACCUGAACCCGAGUUUGUUGAGCUGACUCCAGAACACAGGGCACGAAUAAACGCUUCCGUAUGUGGUCCACUAGAUCAGGUGUUGGUGUCGAAAUUCAAUUUGAACAUAACACGACGUGACAUUCACACCUUGUGCGGCCACAACUGGCUGAACGAUGAGGUGAUCAAUUUCUACAUGAACCUCCUAACCGAGCGUGGGGAUCUCAAAAGCAAAUCCCAUGGCCUACCCUCUGUUUAUGCCAUGAACACAUUCUUCGUGCCCCGUUUAAUGCAGGCUGGUCACGCAGGCGUCAAGCGCUGGACGCGCAAAGUUGAUAUAUUUUCCAAGGAUGUGAUUCCCGUACCCGUACAUGUGGGUGGAGUUCAUUGGUGCAUGGCUAUAAUACAUAUGAAGAAUCGCACUAUUAAAUACUACGACUCAAUGGGUACUCCUAAUCCAAGUGUGCUCAAAGCUCUGGAACAAUAUCUAAAGGACGAGUCGCUCGACAAGCGUAAACAGCCCUUCGACACAAGCGAUUUCCAGAUAGAAUCUGUACAGGGUGUUCCACGUCAAAUGAACGGCAGUGAUUGUGGGGUCUUCAGCUGCAUGUUUGCCGAGUACAUAACACGAAACAAAGAAAUCACCUUCUCGCAACAGCACAUGGAAUAUUUCAGAGAUAAAAUGAUUCUGGAAAUCGUUACCGGGGAAUUAUUGCAGUAGUGGAUUGCAGAGUAGGUCCACUUAAAAACAACAAUAAAUGAGCAUUUCUUUGCUUUCGUAGUUUAUACUUUUUGUACGUAUCGUAACUUUCAGAAUCCCUCCCAUUUUCUUCUUCCUUUCCAUUUGUACCAAUACAUUUUUCAUGCAUUGAAUAUUUAGUUAUUUUUUCUUUUUUUGUUUUCAUUAUUUUUCAUCGUGAAUUAAGGUCAUAAGGGAAUUUGGUUUUGCUAUUUAAUUCUUUGCGAUGCAAUUCACUUCAGCAGCACAUACCCAUAUUUCCAUUCUCCUCUGCGCCCUCUGAAGUAAUAGAAAAUAGCAAUUACAGUAAAUACAAAUAUCUUAAUUUAUUUCUUAACAUUAACUGCAUAUAAAUAUACCUAGAACACUACUAUAAUAAUGAUAAAUAAAUAUGAACAAACCCAAUAGUUUGAAGUAAGAAUCGAUUGUGUAAUUGCAUUCACCCACUACAUUGAUUUGCAUUCGCUACGAAAAAGAAAAGGAUAACCAACAGGACGUCGUCAUAUAUAUGAAUGCAAACUGGCGAAAACGUUGAAGUGGAUGUCACCUCACCACAUACACACAAAAUAUUAUUACUUCUUCAGCUACUACUUCUUUGAUAUUAAGUGUAUUUGUGUAAGAAAAUAUUUAAUUUUUAUUUUGCAAAUCAUAAUGAUUAUGAGUUUAAAUGAUAAUCGGAAAAUUCAAGAAUAAAUUCCUAAAACGUUA